AUGAUUCGUCAACGAACUCGAUCGGGAAUGAGUGAAUCGGAUUCGUUGACAUGUUCUGCUGGUUCUGAUUCUGCGGAUCCAUUUAGCGCUCUUCUCGCCUCUUGUAAUGGAGGAUUCCGAGGAAUGAACCUACAACCAUAUUCUAAUGGUAUGUGUACACUGGGUCAGACAGAGCAAUUAGAAAUUACCCAAAGUCAAUCUGCUCUUCAGGAUCAGAAUAUAAAAUGUGGAAUUUGUGAUGAGAUGUAUAGAGAACCUAAAGUACUUGCUUGUUUUCAUUCAUUUUGCAAACCGUGUCUUGAAUUAAAGGUUAGCGAAAGACUUGAUAACAUUUUAUGUCCAACUUGCGGGCAAGAGACACAAAUAUCACCAAGUCUUGGAGUUGAUGGCCUUUUAACUGAUUUUGGAGCUUUGAAUGUUGCUGAGCAAUAUCGUCGUAUGAAUGGAACAAAUAAUGAACUUUUCAUGUUUGGAUCACCAUCAAGUACAUCUUCCUCACCUCCGCUUUCUGAUUCUCCAGGUGAUCAAGGAUUUUCAAUACCUCAAUCUGUAUUAUGUAAUGGUUGUAAAAGCGGUGAAAAAGCAUCAGCAUUCUGUAAAGAUUGUAUCAAUUUUCUUUGUACUGCAUGCACACAAGCUCACCAAUAUAUGCACAUUUUUAAUGGACAUCGUGUUGAGGAGAUUGGUACAUCAAAGUCAACCUCACCAACUGGAUUUGAACAAAUUAAUCAAUGCAGAUGUUUAGAACAUAAACAGCAACUUUUGUUACUUUUUUGUUUGACAUGUAAUUUAGCUAUUUGUCAUGACUGUACAAUUGAUCAUCCUCAACCUCAUCAUGAUGUACAGACGAUUGAAAAUGUUGCUACUAAUCAAAUUGAAUCAAUGGAAGAUUUGAUUCUUCGUGCUCGUGCUAAACAACAAGAGGUACAUAAAAUGUUUGUUAUAACUGAUACAAAUCAAAAUAAACUUAGUGACUCAUUUCAAAAAGCACAAAAUAUUAUUAAUGAGAAUGCUUGCAAGAUAAUGCAAUUAGUACAGGAGAUACGUAAUGUUGUUCUUACUGAUUUGGAAAAUGCAUUUUCAUACAAACAAUUGCAAUUAACAUUAGUUGAUAAAGAAAAUCAAAAGAUGGUUCGUAAGAUUGCUCAGACAAUUGAUUUUACGAGGCGAUUGUUAAAAAAUUGUUCACCAGCCCAGAUUAUGGUUUUCAAACCUUUACUAGAUACAAGAUUACAAGGAUUCUUAAACUUUAAUAGUGAUUCAAAUAAUGUUCUUCAAACAGCUUGUGAAAUUGAUUACAACCCUCUUAGUUUGUCAAAUGCUCGUCAAGCAGUAAUAAAUUUAAUGGGAUCAAUUCAUGUACCAAGUGAUUGGAGUACACCUGUUGUCCAAAAUAACAAUUCUUCAUCUGUUUCAAAUAAUCCAAUACCCCAACAGGCAUCUUCUACACCAAUUACAGCUGUAUUUAGACCGGGAAGUCGAAAUGUUCGUUCACCAAAUAAUGGAAUGAUUACAAUGAAUGGAUAUGGUAAUUCAAAUUUACCUAAUGGACGUAAUGAAUUUGGAUCAAGUAAUUCAUUGGCUGGAUACAAUGAAUUAGGACCAGCUUCACUUCCUACAUUAAAUUCUAGUUUUUUGAAUAGUAACAAUCAUCAAUAUAACAAUUUUCCUUCAUCAUUUCCAUAUGAAAAAUGGUCAACUAAUAUUGAUUCUAUUAUGCCAUCAGUUGAUCAAUCUGAUUUUGAUGCUGGCAUCAAUACACCACAUGAAAUGGCUAUAUUAGGACAUGCUUCAUGUAAUUCACCAUCAUUUCCACCACGUUCACAGGUUAAGAGACUUAAAAUGUCAUACCAUUGUAAAUUUGGAGAAUUUGGUGUAAUGGAAGGACAAUUUACUGAACCAUCAGGAGUUGCUGUUAAUGGACAAAAUCAGAUUAUUGUUGCUGAUACAAAUAAUCAUCGUAUUCAAGUAUUUGAUAAAGAUGGAGUAUUUAAGUUUCAAUUUGGUGAAUGUGGUAAACGUGAUGGUCAAUUAUUAUAUCCAAAUAGGGUUGCUGUUAAUCGGAUAACUGGUGAUUUUAUUGUAACAGAACGUUCUCCAACACAUCAAAUUCAAAUUUAUAAUCAAUCAGGACAAUUUUUAAGAAAAUUUGGUGCUAAUAUACUCCAACAUCCAAGAGGAGUUUGUGUUGAUAGUGCAGGAAGAAUUAUUGUCGUUGAAUGUAAAGUUAUGCGUGUUAUUAUUUUUGAUAUGUAUGGAAACAUUCUUCAUAAAUUUUCUUGUUCACGUUAUCUUGAAUUUCCCAAUGGUGUCUGUGCAACAGACAGUGGGGAAAUUAUGAUAAGUGAUAAUCGUGCACACUGUAUAAAAGUGUUCAAUUAUGAAGGAACAUACCUUCGUCAAAUAGGUGGUGAAGGUAUUACAAACUAUCCUAUUGGUGUUGGUAUUAACAGUAAUGGAGAAGUUAUUGUUGCCGAUAAUCAUAAUAACUUUAAUUUAACCGUUUUUACAAGGGAAGGAAAGUUACUUCAUGCUCUUGAGAGUAAAGUUAAACAUGCUCAAUGUUUUGAUGUAGCACUUGUUGAAGACGGUUCUGUUGUUUUGGCCAGCAAGGAUUAUCGUCUCUACUUGUAUCGUUACCAACAAUGCGGAACCAACAUUUAA